UCGGCUAAAUAGCAUAUGGUGUUUCGGAGGACGGUGGGGAAGCGGGUCUUUUAGAAGCUUGUUGUCCUCUCACUGACAGCGUUUCUGGCCCAUCUGUAAUUCUCCACAUUCCUUUUUCUAAUCUCUCUCCCAAGCCCUUGCUUUCGCUAGCGACGGCCUCGGUGGCACUUACGUUCCCUGUCUUCCAUUCCUUUUCUCUAUCGCUUCAACAAUUCAAUACCCAUCAUCAUGUUCUCGUUCCGUCGGAAGCCCAAAAAGGACGCAAACCAGCAGCCUCAAAUCCGCACCUCGCCUUCACUGCCGGAGUUAUCUGCUCAAGGAAUUCCUUGGCCUGAAAGUUUGGUUGAUCCUUCUGCGCUUCCGGAGCCAGUCUCUCCUUCGAAAGGUGCUGAACGCACGAAGUUCAACUCGGAGCGCAGUGGUGUUCCAGCGUUCCACAGACCAUGGGUGUCUUCGGGAAAUGGCAGAGACUCACCGUCGGGUGGCACGAUCUCGUCGUUGUACAUGUCACAUCCUCCAUCUGCGUUUGAAAAUCGCAAGGGAUCGUUCUUCAAACGAUCACGUCCGAGUCAGCGGAAAGCGCGUAACCCGACUACGUUCAAUGUCAUGGUGGUGGGUGCGCAGGGUACUGGGAAGACGUCCCUGCUAAGACUCCUACUUGACACUGCUGACAUCUCACCAACUGCCACUCCGGAUCAGAAGGCUAACAUGGAGCGCUUCCUCAAAGGAUCGACAAAGCGGACGGACAGCAUCCAGACGGCGUGCGUCGAGAUUUGCGAGUCCAAAUAUGACCGGGUAUUAUUGUCGGUCGUCGAUACCCCUGGGCUGGACUUCCAGAAUGGACACGAGUUGAAGCUGGAACGUCAGGUCACCCACAUUGUAAAAUAUAUGGACACCCAGUUUUUUGAUACCCUCAGUGAGGAAUCCAAGGUCGUCCGGCAGAGCAAAGGCGACCAACAUAUCCAUUUGUGUAUAUAUACCAUUGAUCCUUCCAGUAUCAUGACUGCGUCAGCACGACGCGUGCUGUCAGCUCUUCCAACACAGACACGUUCAGAAGCCACCGUUUCACACAAACCUCAUGACAUCUCAGCCACCCAGGAGUUUGAGGAUGAAGAUUCCGAGGACGAGGACGACUGGGUUAACCUCACCAUCUCACCAGCAGACAUCCGUGUCAUCCGACGAUUGGCCAAGAAGGCAAAUGUCCUCCCUGUUAUUGCCAGAGCCGACUCGCUAACAAACGAGAAACUUGAAUCUAUCAAGAAAGUGAUUCGACGAGAUUUGGAUGCAGCCGGUCUGGACUUUGGCGUCUUCGGACCUGCAAAGACUGAAGAUACUACACCAAAGCCGGAGACACACCAGGAACAGGUGAAUGGUGAUUCCAAUACAAACGGACACGCUCAGGCGAACGGAACAAGUAACGGAAAUGGCCAUCAUGCCAACGGCGGCGGCGGCGGUGAUGCCGAAGAACAUAGUGCGGACGAACAAGAAGAACGUCGAUCACGUCCCGUCAUCAAACUUCGAGCUAUUCGUCUACCCAAACGUCUCUCCCGCUCUCGCUCGCGGCUGGAACUCGCAGAAUCAGAAAACGAGCCUACCACGGCAGAAAUCACUGACAACGAAAGUGUCGCCAGCAUCCGAUUCUCCGCUCACGUCGUCGCCAAGACGGACCUCAGCGAAAUCCUGCCCUUUGCUCUGAUUGCGCCUGAGCAUGUCCAGAGACGAAGAGCGCUCAAAGCAGCUCCUCCACCGGCUUCGAUCUCUGAAGAUCAACAUUCAGAGUCAGCCCAUACAGACGCGGUCACAUCACCAUCUGAAGAUGGUCAUGCGAUGUCUGUUGCAGAGUCUACGCUCACUUCACCUACUUCUCCAUCGAUGAACUCCUUGAGGAACUUUUCGUAUCUGAGUGGACCUCCUGCGGACUUGAGAGGCGUCUUUGUGAGGAGGUACCGAUGGGGAACUAUUGACGUACUCUCACCCGAGCACUGCGAUUUCGCAGCGUUGCGGACUGCCGUCCUGUCGACACAUAUGAAGGUAUUUUUAGGCUUAAUGAGUUGUGGAUAUGUGACAUGUGUUGAUGAUAUGCCGUUUGUUAGAUGCUCAAGAUUCGCACGAAGGAAGUCUUGUAUGAGAAAUUCAGGACUGAGAAGCUUUUAGCUCGUCGUGCUACUCAGAACAUCGGGGAGCAGGAGACACGUCGUCUACUGGAAGACCUCGGAUUAUAAUCCGCUUAUCCAUUUACUGGCCCAUCUUGCUUUAUCACCCUCAGGCCUCAGGGAUUCCUUUCGCUCUUGUGCUUUCAUUUUUUACUGACCCGUGCUUAUUGACUAUCUUAUACCUCUCUGCGAUUUCGUGUUUCCCUCGUAUGUUUGUCCAUUAUCUCUGUCUGUUCUUGCUUCAUCUAGCUUUCGACUUGAUCAUCAUGUAUGGUAGGUAUACCCUUCACCUGUUCCGGCUGGAUCCCUCACGUUUAUCACAUUAUCACUUACAUCUCUUCUAUCUUCUUGAGGAGGACUAGAAAUAUUGAAACUAGUACAUAUUACAUCAUGCGUCACAUCUAUCUCUGGUUACAUAGAUCUAUUGUUUCUCCUUCCAAUCUUACACUGCUGCACUAGGUUUCUUGCCAGCCAGGUCGUCGAUCUCCUGCUGUGACAGCCCAUUGAGACGAACGAGCAGGUAGUCGACCUACGUCAUAUUGAUCAUAAGUAGAAUCCUCCAUUCACUGUC